UGUGGUGUAGAGAGAGAGAGAAGAGAGAGAGAGAGAGAGAGGCUCAACGUGUGUGAAUGUACGUAAGAAGGAGCGACUUGUGUACGAUUGUACGCGUGAAGAGAAAGAGAGAAGAGUAAAUGCGGCGGGCGGCAGUUAGAAAAAGAAGGAAUGAACGACGGAGAGAAAUAAGUCGUGAGUGCAAGGGAGAGUGAGAGAAGUGGGGAAUGAAAAAAUGAGCGAGCGAAUGAGUAUGUAUGUAAGAUAGAGGAAGAAACAGAGAGAUAGAGAGAGAGAGAAAGAGAGAGAGGGGAAGGGAUGAGUGAAAAAGAAAGAAACGAAAGAGAGAGAAAGACGGACAGAAUCAACUGACGGGCACGUCCUGGUUGUAGGAUCGGUGAUGCCGAAGAGGGAGGAAGCCGCGUUGGCGGCGGUGGCUGCGGCCGCCAACGAAACUACGGCAGCCGUGGAGAAUUUCGCGAGACUCUACACGGCACUGCGCCACGACGAUGCUAGGCCUCUCUGCCGUUACUGCGGCAGAAGCUACUCGUCACCGAGCAACCUUCGACAACACGUGAAAAAUGUCCACUCGAAUUGGCCGCCCCCGGAGACGUGGCCGCAGUGCAACGUGUGCGGGAAACGGUGCAAGACCAAGCAUUACCUGAUCAAUCAUCAGCUUCAGGCGCACGGGAUACACCAACGGCCAAACCUGAACAAUCCUAAUCAGCAACAGCAUCAGUCGCCCUCUUCGUCCUCCUCGUUGCCAUGAGUACAAUCCUCCUCGUGCUCCGCCAUUCCCACGUCGUCGUCGUCGUCGUCGUCGAACACCACCCAUGAGAAACGAUCCGCGACCAGAUGAAGUCGGGGGUCGUUCCCGCACGCCUCUCGUCGAUACAGGAUAGCCUUGUUCGGUAUCGAAACGAAUCCGAGUUCUCGGUCGGGUUAUUUUCGAAUUGGAAUGGAUCGGUGUAUCCAUAUUCGCGAUGAAAAUUAUUCGGGAUCGAUUCGAUUUGGAAUUGGAAUUAUCCUCGCGUUAUUUUUACGAGAAGUGGAAUAUCGGAGAAAACUGGGCGAAUCGUGUUAUACCCGGUUAUUUCUAUUACACUAUUUAUACAUCGUUGAAGAAAGUUGAAACGCGUGACGUCCGAAGCGUGUAAUAUCCUGUAUCAUCGAGAUCACAAUUCAGAUAUUCCUAUUUUCUAUAGAGUUUAAACGAGAAGAUUAGCCGAGGCAGUGAUCGGGAAUUUCGUUCGCGAAAGAGGAAUCGGAUGAUUUUAUGUGACUGUAACCGAGGCAACGUUCCAGAAAGAGAGAGAGAGAGAGAGAUUACAAUACCGUAUUUACGAAAGACAAGAUCACGGGCUCGAUGAGGCAGAGGGCGCGGCUUACCACCACCACCACAGCCAUCACCAGCAACAUCAUCGGCAUCGUCAUCAUCAUCCACUAUCCGUUCCUCCUCCUCACCACCAUCAUCAU